AUGGAUGACCCUGUCAAGCCACCGCCGCCACUGCCGGUAUACGGCCCUGGUAUCAGCAAAUGGUCCACCGGCCUUUGUGGUUGCUUCUCCGAUAUCUCCAAUUGUUGUUGCACGUUGUGGUGCCCGUGCAUUACUUUUGGACGAAAUGCGGAGAUUCUCGACAAGGGAAUGUCUUCUUGUGCUGCAAGCGGGACUGUUUAUUGCGCACUUUCUUUGUUCGCCGGAUUGGGAGCCAUAUAUACCUCUAGGUAUCGAGCUAAACUAAGGUACGAAUACAUGUUGCCUCCACGACCCUGCGAUGAUUGCCUUGUCCAUUACUUUUGCAAGCUUUGCGCUCUUUGCCAAGAGUAUCGUGAGCUUAAGUGCCGUGGAUUAGAUCCCGCUCUCGGAUGGUAUGGAAAUCUACGAAAACAUGCUCAAACAGUCGUGAUGCCACCGACUGUUCCCGAAGAAAUGAAACGUUAG